CACCCGCUCACCCGUCUUAUGCAGAGGGGGGGAAAAGGGAGGGGAGAGCUCUUCAUAGUUGCCCAGUUACAACUGUCUGUUAUACUGCGAGUAGGAUAUAAUUAUUUUCCCACGUCAUACGGAUGGCGUUGAAAACAUGAGCUUUGUAAACAAGAGCGGAAAUGGAAGAGGGAUUUAAGUGACGUUGCUCCAACUGUUUCGAAAAGCAGGACGUACCAGAGAGGGGGGAGGUGAAACUGGAGCGGGGAAUAAACGCAAAGAAAAGGAAAUCGGCCUGAUUUUGUUAGUGACAUCCCGUAGCCGCUGCUCGCUUUGCCUUCCGCUCCCCGUUCCGCUUUCUGCGCGUGUUGUGAUCGGGUGACGAAGGGGGGGAUUGCGUAGGACGAGGGGCCUUUUUCAGCGCCAUGAGAAAACGCGCACAAUAAACGAGGAAUUAAUGCAUGCGUAAAAUCCUUCUCCCAAGCAUUGGGUGCACAGGAUCGGAGGCGUGGGCUGGAAAGGAUGGACAGGGACGACUUUACAUCCUAGAAGACAGGUACAACGCUGGAAGAGGAAAAAUCAGCGGCAGCACUUUAGGUUCACAAGGCUCAACUUUAUCGUGCACCGGAGGAGCGGAGCGCCGGCGCCGUGGUUGGACUGCUCUGGGCUGCGUGGCUGUUUUGGGACAAGCCUGACGACGUCUGGUAAAAUAACAGCUUCUUGCAAAGGUCUUUUCUAAGUGGAUGUUUUCGUGCCAUGGAUAGAGGGAAAGCGCUGUGCCGGACUGGUGACCACGUACCUACGCCUCUGCCCGUUUGCCCUGGGUGCGAACAGCCCGGUGUGUGCGUGUGAUCGACUUUGGAUCCUCCGUCACUCGUAUACAGUGAACGCCUUUUCGUCUUUGACUCGGACAUUUAUUGCAGCUUGUGAUUUCCGUAUCUGAGACUGGCGCCGCCGCGCUGGAUCGUGCGUGUCCAUGCCCCCCCGUGACUAGGGUCGCGCCGCGCGUCCCCGCCGCCCGGCCGCACUGAGGACGCGGCGCGCCGCCGCCAUGAACCCGGCGAAUGCCACCGCACUGUACGUGUCGGCUUGCCGGGCGGUGCUUCUGUGCGAACCGCGGGACCCCCGGUCCCUGGCCCAGCUAUGCCGGCAGCUGCCCUUCUUCCGGCACUCGCUCUCCUGCCUGGUCUGCGGUAACCUACUACAGGACCCAAUGGCUCCGACCAACUCGUCCUGCCAGCAUUAUGUGUGUAAAGGCUGCAGGGGCCAGAAGAUGGUGCUGAAGCCACCAUGCAGCUGCUGGAAGAACCCCGAGCAGUUUCAGGAAAGCCGGCAGCUCUGCCUUCUGGUGGAGAGCUUCAGGAAGCUGUGCGAGUUCAUCGCAGGCUCCCCGCUGGGCUGCUAUGUUGCCGGCCAGGCUGACCUACUGCCCACACUCAGCGAGGGUCUGUCUCUCGGCGCCGAGGAAGCCAACACCUUCUGGCUCUCCCUGCAGUGCUCAUCUCCGGCACCGUCCAUCUCUGAGGAGUCGCUGACUGAGACUCCAGAACCCACCGGCGGGAGCCCCCUGGACAGUCCUGACAGGCUUCAGGGCUGUAAUGGGUUACCGGCUGAGAAGGAACGAGAUGGGGGCCUCCCCCCUCUGCUGGAGGGGGGCAGCAGGAAUGGGGCAUCCCACCAGGCGGCAGCAGCGGUGGACGAGCUGGCUACAGACGGCAUUGAUAUCUGCGGCUUCAGCGAGGAGCCCAGUCAGGGCGGGGGCCAGCUCAUGCUGACUGUCGAGGAGGUCCUACGAACCUUGGAGCCGGAGCUAGGUACCGAAAGCUGCGCCGGCGUGGCAAGGUCCCUACCACAGGUCCCUGGGACUGCCAGUGGAUCCCCCAAUGAGUCCCCCCAGCAGCCAUCACUGGCCUUCACCCCCCGGCCCUCUGCAGUGUCUCGACCCACCCGGAAACGGUCGCGGUCGGAAAGCGACAGUGAGAAGGUACGGCCUCUCCCAAUCUCCAGCAUCAUCCAGGGACCCCCACCAGGUGCAGCUGCCAUCCUCGCAGAGCCCCAGCGGGAACUCUCAGUCCCAGCAGCGCCACCCCUGGCUGCCGUGCCCAACGGGGGAGCACCCAAGGCUUGCAAAGCACUGCUGGUUCCUGCCAAAGGCGUCCGAAGGAACCUCGAGGCUCGGAAGGCCCAUGGCAAGGCCCGGCCAGGGGUCCCCAAGGCCAGGGACAAAGUGAAGGAAAGGACCCCCAAUGGUGGGACUGGGGCCCUGAUGGCUGGAGCCCCCCCCAGAGCUGUCUACAAGAAGCCACAGGAGAAGCGGGGCUGCAAGUGCGGCAGAGCAACCCAAAACCCAAGUGUUCUUACAUGUCGUGGCCAGCGGUGCCCAUGCUACUCGAAUCGCAAAGCCUGUCUGGACUGUGUGUGCCGUGGCUGCCAGAACUCCUACAUGGCCAAUGGCGAGAAGAAGCUGGAGGCCUUUGCUGUGCCUGAGAAGGCACUGGAGCAGACUCGGCUCACGCUUGGUAUCAACGUGACCAGCAUCGCCGUGCGAGGCACCCCUGCCCCCGGCGUCCUCAGCGUGACCGCGGGUGGCCCCGUUGCCUCCUUCCUGGCCGCUGGCUCGCGUGAGGACAAGGGCUUCGACAACGGCCUGAAUGUCAACUUUGACUGAGCUCCGCCCCUUUCUGCCCAUCUAGCCCCACCCACCUGUGUCAUGGGGGUGGAGCAAGCUAAGAGGAAGUGGAGUUACCACAACCAAGGCAGCUAAAGUAUUGACAGUAACUAGUUGUUAAAGCGCACGUAUAUGAAUCACUCGUAAUCGGUUCUUACAGCACUGCUGUACUUUCAAAGGGCAGAGAGCACCCCUGCUACGAGCGAUUUGUGUAUCACAGUGCUUUGACAAGAGAGAUCUGACCUCAUUGUUGUGGGUCAUUUGGUCAAAUGAGAGGUGCGUCAUGAUUGGCCAGCAGUCAUGGCGAGUGUGUCAGUGUGCUUUGUAUGUAUUUUUGUUGUUUUGUUUUAUACAUAUGAGUCCAUGUUUUACAGUAUAUUUUUAAAGCUAAGUUACAGGCGUUCUCAGUAUUUAUUGGCAGUCUUCUAACAUAGACCAUCAUCUGCUUGGAGAGUGGCUAGGGUGUGGCCCUCCUGCCUGUUCCGUCUGUGCCCCUUUUUUGUCUCUGACUAUAGGACGAUUUUUUUUUUUUCGUUCUCUGGGCAUUAUGAUAACCUGUAAUAUAAUUGUAACAUAUUUCCACAAAAAAAAUAUGGGGGGAGAAAAAAACCCUACACCCUU